AUGUUAUCUUUCACCAUCAUCAUCACCUACCUGCUCGCCUCCGCAGCAGCAACAACUCCCCCCUCCUACUCAGGUUACUCCCGAGUCUGGUCCCAAGGCUUCCAGGGUUCCGCAAACACAUACCCCGACACAAACGUCUGGCACAUCAUCCAGCGCGAAAAGAACUUCAACAAUGAAGUCCAAGCCUACGUCAAGAACAAAAACAACAUCCGCAAGACAGGCAAGAACUCUCUUGAGCUCAUCCCCAGACGGUCUAAUGGUCGUUGGACUUCUGCUAGAAUCGAGAGCAAGUACACUCUGACCCCUAAGGCUGGGAAGAUUACUCGUGUUGAAGCUCAGCUUAGACUGGGUGGUAACUCGGCUAGAAGCAAGAAGGGUAUCUGGCCUGCGUUUUGGCUUCUUGGUGAUUCUAUCCGUAAGGGUGUGGAAUGGCCCAAGUGCGGAGAGAUUGAUAUCAUGGAGAACAUCAACGGCGAGAAGAUCGGUUACGGUGCUGUUCACUGCGAUAGAUCCCCUGGUGGAAUCUGCAACGAGCCCGGUGGUAUCGCAUCCAACAUCGAUCUCCCUGAUAGCAACUACCACGUCUGGCGAGUCCAAUUCGACCGUCGAAGCAGCAACUACCGAUCCCAGAGCAUCACCUGGUAUCGAGAUGGUAGAAGCUUCCAUAGAGUGACCGGUGCUCAGAUUGGAAACCCCAACACUUGGAAGACGCUCUGCCAGAGUCCCUUGUUCAUUAUCUUCAACGUCGCCGUCGGUGGAGACUGGCCUGGCUGGCCCAACGGUAACACCAAGGAUGGUAUCGGUAACCACAUGGAGAUUGGCUACGUCGCUCACUACGUCUCAAAAUAG